CUCGUUUGCACCAAAAAGCAAACCAUUUUACACGUAAAAACUUGUAAACAAUGUUCACUAAACCUAAAUGGUUUAUUUCAUUUCUCAUUGUUAUGAUACUUUUCAAUGAUAUCUCCUUCGUUUCAGCAUCUCCUCCUGCAAAAAUAGUAGCUGGGGUAGUCACAAACGUGGCAUCUACCAUCUUCAAAUGGCUUUGGUCACUAAGAACUCCAGUCAUCAACACAGAAAAAGGUAUUACAAGUCGUUCAUUGAUGAAAUUUGAAGCUGGAUACAGAGUUGAGACAGUUUUUGAUGGCAAUAAGGUUGGUAUUGAGCCUUAUUCUGUAGAAAUGUCUCCUACAGGGGAGCUCCUAAUAUUGGAUUCUGCUAAUAGUAAUCUUUACAAGAUUUCUGCCCCAUUUUCAAGAUCACAUAGCAGACCAAAACUAGUAGCUGGAUCUGCAGAAGGUUACACAGGGCAUGUAGACGGCAAAUUAAGAGAAGCAAGAAUGUAUAGCCCCAAAGCUUUCACUCUCGAUGACUCUGGAAACAUCUACAUUGCUGACACCAUGAAUAUGGCCAUCAGGAAAAUCACUGAUACAGGAAUUACUACUAUAGCUGGGGGUAAAUGGAGCCAUGGAGGAGCUCAUAUGGAUGGAAGUAAUGAAGAUGCGAAAUUCUCCGAUGAUUUCGACGUGACUUAUGUAAGAAGCCGAUGCUCACUUCUAGUCACAGACAGAGGAAACCAAGCCAUCCGAGAAAUCCAACUCAAUGAUGUUGAUUGUUCUUAUGAGCAGCCACCAGUCCAAGAUGAGCAACAUGAAGAAAACUUAUUUUUAGGUGGUGCAGUACUUGUUGUGGCUGCUUUUUUUGGUUAUAUGCUGGCCUUGCUUAAACAGAGAGUACAAGCCUUAUUUUCUACCAAGAGAGAUCCAAGGAUGAAAAUGAAUAACAAUCAUGCUAUAACACCAGGAUAUCAGAGACCUCCAAUAGUAGUAAAGCCUACACUAAUGCCACCACAAGAUGAAUAUGAAGAAGAGGAUGAAGGCUUAUUUUUCUCAUUUGGGAGACUAAUAAUCAAUGCAACUUCCUCUGUUGCUGAAGUUUUAGUUGGUUUAUUAUCCUUAGGCUUCAGGAAGAAGAAACCGCGCCAUCAUGACUUACGAUAUUUUCAGCACCUAAAUCGACAUCCUAAUCAUGCUUGGCCUAUGCACAAUGGUUAUGUCAUAAGAGAAGAGGAUGAAAUUCCGGGACUAGAAAUGAGGACUCCUAUUGUACGAAAACCAUAUCCCGAACCACAGGUUAUACAAAGCCAGGCUUGUUUUGAAGGGCGGGAUGCUGAGUUUCAGCAGCAUCCCGCCAAGAUUAAGCCUCAAGAAGUCGUGCAGAAAGAACAGCAGCAACAGCAGCAGCAGCAGAAGCAGAAGCAAAAGCAGAAAAACGUCGAGUCGUGUAAAGCAAAGACGUCUAGUGAGAAAGGGUCUGAAAAGAGUGAGAUUGUGUUCGGGGCAGUUCAACAACAAGAUGGAAGGCGUGAGGCAAUGGUGAUCAAAGCUGUUGAUUAUAGUGAUCCUGUCUAUAAUCAACACAACAUUAGGCCUAGAGUGAACUACAUGGGUUACUCUGCAUAUAGUUAUUCAUAAAAUUUAUGACAUGCUUCACUAAGGAGAAAAGUAAAAGAAUUCUUAAGUUUUUGUGUAAUAUGUUUACUAAGUUUUGUAUGGAAAUGGAUAGUACUCUAUGAACAGCAUG